AUUGCCCGGUAAGCAAGGCCCUUCAUUAGAGAAAAAAAUAUUCUAGUAUUUUCUUUACUUCCUAACCAUUGUCAUUAGAUAGUAAAUUAUAUGACUAAUUAUAGACUAUUAUAGAAUAAUUGGUAUGAAAAGAGCUUAUUCAAUGAUGGACACUCCAGGAGAGACCUUCAAUAAAGUUGCUCUAGUAGAAGGUAACCUAUUCCCCCGAGGAGUAGAGCUUGUCAAUUCUUACAGAGCCACAAGAUCAUCUCCACAAGAUUUAGUUCAAUUAGCAAUGGAAAUUCAAAAGGCGGAUGAUUGCAUCAAGGCAAAUGCUCAUAAUAAACUCCAUGUGAUUGCAGAGCAGAUGAGAUUUUUGCAGCAACAAGCACAGAAAGUACUGCAAGAAGCCAAAGAGGGACACAUGCUGCAUCAUGCUGCUUGUAAUUUUAUCAAACACCCAGGGAAAAUUUAUCAUUUGUAUGAAAAAUCAUCAGGACAGACUUAUUUUUCAAUAUUGAGUCCAGAGGAAUGGGGCAGUACGGGACCUUCACAAACAUUCAGAGGAUCCUAUCGUCUGGAAUAUGACAACUCAUGGACUCCACUGGCUAAAACUGAAGCAAAAGAUGCUGAGUUGAAUCUCUCCGAGAAAUAUUUCUCAAAGAAUUCGAUUCUACCAAUACAUCCAACUGACUUGAUGAGUAUUGAUUCCUGAUCGCUGUGGACAAGACCUUAAUAGACAUAGCGAUCAAUUUUCUUAAUACAUUUUCCUUUACUGUCAUUAUGUACUUAGAUAAAAUAUAAUUCUUCUAAUUAAUCUCGUCGAUGAA